AUGGAGUCCCAGGACGCUGCAACAAAAAGAAAACUUUCUAAGAAGCAACUUAAAAAAAAUAGUUCAGCUUACUUGCGCCAACGAGAAAAAGCCAAUGCAAGAAAAAAGAAAUUCUUAGAUAAGAUGACAGAGGAAGAGAUAGAGAUCAAAAGGGCUAAGGAUAGAGCAUACUAUCGGAAAAAGAAAGCUGAGAAGAAAGUUAAAAACAUUUCUGAGAUGACUGAAAGAGAAAAGCGAAAGCAAAGAAAAAUUUGGAAAGAAGCGUCAAAGAAAUACAGAGAAAAGAAAAAGAAAUUAUCAACUAUACUAAACAAUACUCCGCCACAUUCCGAUGAUGAGUUAGCUGCAACACCUUCAGUAAGAAAAACAGUGGGUAGAAAAAUUGUGCGGAAGGACAGAGCCAAAGCAUAUCGUAAAAUCAAACAACAGGAGAAAACAAUUGCUAAAAUUACACGUAAAUAUGAAACCUUGAAGAAAAAACUAAGAAGAAAAGAAAAUAGAGAACAGGAGAAAUCUCAGCCACCAACAACUCCUAACAGCAAGGUUGACGCAUUGAUAAAAAAUGUUGACGUCCCUCCUGAGGUGCACAAGAAUCUUUUAUUUAACGAAGUACUGACUACGCAAUUAAAAGAAAAAGCUGGUAGUUUGAAAAAAAACUCUAAAGAGAAUGAAGUCUUCCAAAAAUGUGUCAGCGGUGAUUUGGUAAGGAAAUACAAAUUGCUUCAUAUGGUUAAGACUUUUUUGCCAAAAGAAAGAACCAGUACAUCGAUUUUGAAGUCGGAUACCAAAAUUCGUGAGGUUGUGUUGAAGCACGAUAUUCGUCAAGAAGUUGAAGAUUUCUUCCAGAGUGACGAUAUCAGUAGGAUGUGCCCAGCUAAGAGAGAUUUUGUGAAAAAAACGGCAUUAAGGAACAAAAACGCAUCCUUUUACUUCCUGUUAAAGAACUGA